AUGGCGAGCUGUUGCUGUGCCCGCCGGCUGGGUGCGAGGUGGGCGCUGGGAGGGCUGGCUGUGGUGUUGCUGUGCCGCUGGCUCCCGGCCUGGAGGGGAGGGGAGGCCUGGCCCAGCCUCACAUUGGCCAGGCCGGGCGUCGCCCCCACGCUGGAGCCCCUCCUGCUGGUCGAGCCGAACUCCACCUGCGGCCGGAUCAUCGGGGGGGACAGGCCGGAGCUGGAGAGGGCCCUCCUCAAGGCCAAGACGGUCUCCCUCAGGCGUCGCGGAGUGACCGAGGGCGAGUACCUGGAGAUGGCGCAGGACUGCAGCAGCUUUGUGCGGGCCCGCCGGUACAUCACGGUGCCCCUGAGCCCCGAGGAGGAGCUAUACCCUGUGGCCUACUCCAUGGUCAUCCACGACGGCAUCGAGAUGUUUGAGAGGCUGCUGCGGAGCAUCUACGCCCCGCAGAACCUGUACUGCGUCCACGUGGACCGCAAGUCGCCAGGACAGUACCAGGCGGCCGUUCGGGCCAUCGCCGCCUGUUUCCCCAACGUCUUCGUGGCCGCCAGGUUGGAGUCGGUGACCUACGCCACCUGGGCCAGGGUCCAGGCUGAUCUCAACUGCAUGAGGGAGCUGCUGGAGAAGCCCGUCCCCUGGAGGUAUUUCCUCAACGUGUGCGGCCAGGACUUCCCCCUAAAGACCAACCGGGAGAUCGUCCACAGCCUCAAAGCUCUCAACGGCUCCAACCUGAUCGAGUCGGAACCCCCACCGCACUACAAAAAG